AUGGAUGUAGAAACUGGAAUUGAUGGCGAUGAUCAUCAACUGAAAAGUGGCGUGUCUAUAUUUGCGGAUGUGUAUUACAAGAUUCCAAAUGCCUAUAGCCGUUCACCGCUUAAUGAAGGCCUCCCCCAAAGAGCACCAACCAUCCCGAAAAGUGAUCGAUGUAGGCUCGUUAUUCCAUACUUGAACGAAGACGACGACGCGACGCCUAGAACGGCCACGCUCGUCCUCGGCUCGCCUAGCGUAAACCCACCUAAAGAAAAUGUAAACAUAUUUAUCUCCCCUUGA